CAAGAAAAGAGAUUAGGAUCCCCACAGUUCACUAGCAAGCAAGCUAGCAAGCAAGCAAGCUAGCAAGCAAGCAAGCUAGCAAGCAAGCAAGCAAGCAAGCUAGCAAGCAAGCAAACAAAGACAUCAGGUCGACUUAUGAUGAACCUACAUUCCAAACGCCCCAGAAUCAACGGCGCACCGGGACAGCUGUGCAAUUAUCCAAUGGUGCAAUGGGGAAUCCUCCGAAGAAUGCACUUCGCACAUCUCUUGUUGAUCUUUCCUGCGGCUUGCGACUUGAUCUGUUCUUUCAACCUCGCGAUCGAACAGAUGAGGAUAAAUGAUGAGAACUCGAUUAGGCCUCAUUACGCUCAAGAAUACCACUCGCGUUCGAUAACUCUUCCAAGGCAAGAAUUCCAGAAAACCCAAGGACCAGCAAAUUUGAGCUUUAAAAGAGCGACCGCCAUCAGGGCCAUCGCCAGGAAAAGAAGAAGUGUGAUACGAGAAGAUCAAGGAAAGAUUCCUUUGACGUUAUCAACCGUUUAUUCCAUCGCGUGUUUCCCCCGCCCCCUCGACAUUGAAGGUCAUCAUCGGUAGUCCUGUGAAUCUACCCCCCGCACCUAGCUUCGGCUCGAGAAGAAAGGUUACGCGUGUUAGGCUCUGGGACUUGUUUUGCUUUUUUCUUGCUGGUGCCGUCAUCAAGGGACUGGGUAUGCAUUGGGCUCUGACCAAAGCUUUGCGGCUACCUGUAUUGUGUCUUCACACACGGGCUGCACACACCGACAACUGACAUGGGAGAAGGAUCAGCCAGAGCAAGCUAGCUUGUUGUGUUCUCGUACGAAAUCAGCAUUGCUCCAUUUGCACCACUG